UAUUAAUAGCAGAUGAAUCUCCUCGCAGUUCAUUGCUCGCGUUGCCCUUGAUUAUUGUUAUACCUACACAUAUAUGUAUAUUAUAAGUAUUAAUUAAUUUGUUUUGUGCGUAACGCUGUGGAAAUGCAAUUGUUGUUCCUGUUGUGCUUUUGGUUUGCUAUCAGGGCAAACGCGGUUCACUCGGUCGGUGAAAAUGUAUUUAUGAAAAUUCUCCAGUACAACCAAGUGAUAGACGAUCAGUAUUUGAAUUCAAAGGAAAACCUGAAAAACGUGUUCGAUCAACUUUUACUCAGCGCCUUACAUCACUUUAAGCGGAAAAUCACCGACCAAAACGCGGUGCUGUAUUUGAACGACAUGCAUCUGAUAAACGUGGACAACCUGUACAUAAAUGUCAACGUUUCGUUGCAAAAUAUCGAAAUAAAAGGCUUAGACCGAAUAAUGUUGCUGGACCUGCGUACGAUUAUCUAUGUGGACGGAGUUAACUGCGAAAUCGACUUGUACAUUCCAGAGUUGCAACUCAAAGCCGACUAUUACAUGUACGGUGAAAUAAUCCUAAACGGCAUAUGGAUACAACACAAAAUCAACAUGCCACAGAGUCUUGGCAAUAUCAAAACCAAUUUACAUAACGUUACUGCGACUAUUGCCACGACAAUAGAUGUAGACCUGCUGUCCAGAAGUAUGGAAGUAGAAAACGUUUCCGUUGACUACGAUUACGGAGAGGCCAAUACAAAACUACUCGGUUUGAACAUUGGAAGCUACGUGGAGCAUUACGCCGUGAAUCCAAUAGCCAAUCUGAUCGUGGAAAUUUAUCUGCAAAAGAACAAAAUGAACACUAAAAAUAUUUUGGCCGAGGCGAUACAGCAAAAAAUCAAUCCCGUCAUAACGGAAAAUGCGUUAUCCGCAUUGUCGGAGGCGGUGUUGGAAUACACGAGGGAACCGAUUGAAAACAUGAUUUGAACGGUACUUUACAAUAACUGACACAUUUUGGAUUACAUACACAAUAAAAAACAGUCAGUGGCCACGCAGCAACGUGGUUGAAAUAAUAACAAGAACUCAUCACUUAUCAUACUAUGUAUUUUGAGUGCUGUGAACGUGAUCCGAGAGGGAUCACUCUCGUUUUAUUAUAAUUUAUGUUGUUUCAAUGUCAAUCACACGAAUUAUUUUUAUACCCUUUUGUACAGCAUGAUCAUUGUAAAUAGUUUUUUAAAAAUUAUUUUUAUUUUUAUAACGUUAACAUAGUUUUUAAGAUUAGUACCCGUGGUUUUAUUUUGCCUUUUAAUAUAAUGCAAAUUUUAUGUGAAAUUUUUUUAGCUAAAAAAACAUAUUCUCGAGACUUUUACUAUGUCCGUAUAGCUCCUAAAUGUAGGCAAUUCAAACUACAGUAAAAAAAUUGCAUACUUUUAUAACCGCUAGGCUGAGGUAUUUAUAUUUUUUAGCAAAACUUUCUUGUGUAAAGUUUUAUGAAUUAAAAAUAAUUGGAUGUACAACGCCCUCUUAAGAUAUUAUC